AUGGCUACUUCAGAUCUGGAUCAGCUCAUUGAAAUGGGCUUUGAUAAAGAGAGGGCACAGCUGGCGGUAGCGAAAACUGGUGGCCUUCAGGGCGCUCUAGAAUGGCUCGAAGAAAAUCAAGACAAGUCUCUGGACGAGAUAAAGGCUGCUGGGUCGAAGGAAGGAGAUUCUGAGGAAGAUCAUGCAUUACAACCUGGCGAAGAACCCCGCAGUCUGGUCUGCAAUGACUGUGGCAAGCAAUUCCGCAGCCAGGCACAGGCAGAGUUUCAUGCAUCCAAAUCUGGGCAUGUAGACUUCUCUGAGUCAACAGAAGAGAUUGCACCUUUGACGGAAGAGGAGAAGAAGGCCAAGCUGGAGGCACUACGACAGAAACUGGCCGCCAAGCGAGCAGUACAGUCCGAAAAAGACAAGGAAGAUCAGAGGAGGAAUGAGGAAAUCCGACGAAAGAGCACGAAAGAAUCCCAAGAUAUGAAGGAAGAACUCCAGAGGAAGCAGAUGAUGAAAGAAGCAGCCAAGAAAAAGCAAGAGAAACUGGAAGAGAUCGAAGCAAAGCGUCGCGUCAAAGCUAGAAUCGAAGCGGAUAAGGAGGAACGGCGACGGAAGGCCGAACAGGAAAGAGCCGAGCGUGCUGGCAUGGCGCCUCCUGCACAACCUGCUGCUCCAGCAGCGACAGCUUCCGGACCUGUCGCUUCGAAGCCUGCAUCCACUUACACAGAAACACGACUCAGGUUCCAAACGCCCAAAGGCAACAUCAUGAAGACAAUGCCCGUAGAUACUACGUUGUUCGAGGUCGCCACAGCCCUGAAGCAGGAAGACGGUCUCGAAGUCCAAAGCUUUGUCCAAAACUUUCCCAGAAAGGUGUUCGACUCCGAGUUCUUUGGCGAGUCUCUCAAGGAUCUUGGACUUAUUCCAAGCGCCAGUCUCGUCGUUCAGUGA